CCACAUUCAAUUUCAAACAGAAAUAAGUAUUAGAUAAACAUUAUCCUCAAACUUUUUGCAAGCAUGGCCAAACAAUUGUGUUCUUAUAUGUUCAUCUCCAUGUUUAUUCUCUCAGCUUUUUUGGCUUUGCCAAGUGCAGAGGGAGGAGCGACUAUAAAAAAAUGUGUUGUGGACGUGAAACUUAGCAAGCCAUGCACUUUUCAAGAAUGCCAACCACUUUGUCUUCAAAAGUAUAACGGGAAUGGCCUUUGUCCCGGAGAUGACAACAAUAUUUGCGCUUGUGUUUACAAUUGCUAAGCUAAUUAGAGAUAUCUCUCGUAUGUUAUAAACUACACCUAUAACUUUCAAGGAUGAAUGAAAAUAUCAUUUAAGAAUAUACUCUGGUAAUUCUUAAAAUCAUUUCAUGAGACUAAAUAUCUUCCCAGCUCCUUCACAAAUUAAAAGGCUCGUUUAAAUUUAAAUCUCUAAAGUAAGCCUUUUUUUUUUU